AUGGAAGGCCCUAGCGAGGCUCUUGACCACUCACUUGUUGCAUUUGUUGCGAUUCAGAUCAGGCUGUCUGGUGAAGUGGGCGUUUCUUAUGACGAGGCCAUUGAGCUAUACAACCAUGCACUGUCUAAGGUCAUCCAUGUUCUUGACUGUCCGUGCAUCGGUAAUAAUGAUGAAAGCCUUGCCGCUAUUGUUAUUCUUUCCACGUGUGAGCUCUUCCUGUUCCACGCCAGCACAAGCUGGAACGCCCACGCGCAAGGCGUAUCUGAGAUCCUUCGUCAUCGAGCCGUACCCGACUCAAACACUUCAAGCUGGAAUGACUUGUGCCGGCGUCUCUGCGUGAUAUGUGUCAUCCAAGCCCUAUCACAGAAAAAGCCUCUCAAUCUUGAACCCAACCUUUGGCGAAAACACAUUGGCCCAUGGGCUGCCCCAGAGUCCUUCGGGGCACUGCUCGACAUGACCAUCGAUAUCCCGUCCGUCAUGGCGGAAGCUCACACCUUGGCUUUGAGCAACGAGAAAGAUCAUGACAAAGUACUAAGAUACGUCAAUCUGCUGACUGAAAAGUUCCGCCUUCUUGAUGACUGGCGAGCCCUUGUGCAUCGCAACAUAGCAGCACGCAACCAAACACCGAUGUUCUGGUCCGUCCCCUCUAGAGCGAGUAAUCCAGCAGACGAUGGAUAUCCAGAUAAGCUAUUUCCGUUCGCUCUGAUCUUCUCGUCUGUGGAGGCAGCUAGUCCGUGGAUCCUCGGCUCCAGCAUCAUGUUGGACAUCCUUGAAACAAUCCUGCUUCUUCGUGGAAGCCUUGGAAGCUCGGCUGUCCCAUCACCUCUUGGCGAAUCCUAUAAGGAGAAGGGCUCGCCGAAUCAAGCAGACGCUGAUCAUAUUGCGCGUAUGCUUUGCCAAAGUGUCGAGUAUUGCUAUCGGAGGGAGAAUGGCACGUUCGGUCCCCAGAUAACAUGUACUGCUCAAGCCACAUUGCUGGGCUAUUUUGCAGGCCGCGGUAUGAAGAGGGAACUUGAGUGGUGUCGGGGGAUUAAACACAUGAAGGGACCGGGCACGAGUUUUGGGAUUGACCUGAUGCAAUUCAAGCCACCACCUGAACUGUAG